AUGCUCCUUGCGCCUGACAUAGUAGAAGUGCCUGCUGAUGGGACCAACACCCCUGCUGCACGACCGAUAGGGCCUCUGCCUCCUCCUCCUGCAUCAUCCCUAGAUCCCUCUAUCUUCGACACUCCCUUUAAAUUUGGUAGUUCCACGAUGUUGCCCUACACAACGCAUACACGAUGCCGGCUCGAAACUCUCAAUGCCAUGGGCUACAAGAUGAAAGGUCAUGUCGUUGGCCCGAUGCCAGCUGGGGAAUUUCUCCAGGAGUUCCUGCCAACUUCACAGAUACCCAAUUAUGAUGCUUUGAGCUUCACUUCAGCCUUCGCUCCUGGCGUAUUCAGCAGCACGCUCUCUGCUGUUAAUGAGCAGCAUGCUUAUGAACCAUUCAUCAACACCAUGAAAUAUUUCACUCCUCAAUUAUCGUUUAUCGACUCCCACAACCAUGCAGACACAGUUAAUUGUUCGUCAUUCACAUUCAGCGUCAAGCCAGACGUCUGCGUAUAUGCCGAUGCAACAUCACGUGGCACCAAUAUUUCCACAGCAGAAAUAAUCAUCGAAUUCAAAUGUGAUUAUUGCCAUGACACAUUCCACAAAGUUGGUGACAGCAUCAUAUCUCCCACCGAUAACAGCAUGGACACAUUGGGACAAAUCACGAGCUAUGCUGCAGCUCAGCUUGGCACCCAAUACCAUUCCCAUGCAUUCUCUGUCCUGAUUGUGAGUGAUUGCGCUCGCAUCGUCCGAUGGGAUAGGGAGGGUGCUAUCAUUACUAGCAUUAUCAAUUACAACACUGAGCCACAUUUAGCCAACUUCUUCCAUCACUAUGCACAAGCAUCACCUGAACUGUGUGGCAUCGAUACUUCUGUAUCUCCCACCAGUGCCGAGGAGGCUGCCCUUGCAAGGUCGCAGUUAAAGCUUCCAGAUGCCAAGCGCAUGUUUAAAGUUUCCAUCCCCAUUGUUAAUGGCUCUGGUAUGUUGACCCUGAUCAUCCCUCAACCCGUUGCAUAUGGUGUUCCGCCCGUCGGCCGUGGGACAUGCACGUGUCCUGCAUUUGAUCUUCUCAAUGACAAGGUCGUAAUGUUCAAGGACUCUUGGCAGGUAUUGUUAACAGACGUCCUCCUCCUGGAGGGCGAGACUUACAAAUUAUUAAAGUCACACGGAGUUUGCAAUAUUGCAACAUGUGUUGCAUGCCAUGACGUACCCCGCUCUAUCCCUCAGCAAAUCACCCAGACUGUCAGGCUUUCAAGCUCUGCAUGGGCACGUCCCAACUGUGACAUGGCUAUCACUCUGCACACUCUUCAUCGCCUGGCUCUCAAUAUUGUGGGAGUGAUGUUGAUUAAGUUUGAGAGCUCUCAUCAACUUGUCCAGUCCAUCCGUGACGCACUGAUUGCUCAUAAAGACACAUAUGAACUUGCAAAGGUGUUACAUCGAGACCUCAGUGUUGGAAACAUUGUCGUACACGAUGGCAUUGGCCUUCUCAUCGAUUGGGACCUAGCAAAGCUAGUUACCAUUCAGGGUCCUCGACAAAAGAACCACACGCAAUUUAUGUCUGCCUACCUCAUCUCACAUAUACAUGCCGUUCAUAGUGUCGCGGACGACCUUGAAUCCAGUCUUUACGUCCUUCUCUGGACAGCUUUAAAGUACACAGAAACUUCCAUGGAUAUUGUCGACCGGACACUACUCUUGACGCAGGUCUUCAACGGAGGAUCCUCAAAAGAGGGUUGGCUCCUGACGAGAACCAACCUUCCACAUGAUACGUUUGUCGGUCACAAAUUUCUCGACGAUCUGGUCGCUGAACUCUGCGUGUUCUUCUCGCAUCGGUACACUAAGAUCCCAGAUGAUGAGAGGGCUGCACUUGCAAACCUCCAGCUAGUGUUGCAGGAACAGUCAGCGGUGAAAGGGCAACUGUACAUGGCUGUACAGAAGUUCAUGGAGGAGUCUCUUGCCUACAAGCAUGAGAUGGGGAUGAAGGUCCUACACUCACACGAUGCCGUUAUAGACCUUUACGACAAGUACCUUCAAGUACCUGGCUGGCCUGAAGACCCUGCUGUGGAACAAAAAGUACUUAUGUGCAAGCCAGCAGGUCGCAUGGUCACGAAGUCAAUACUGUCUUCGUGGGCAGAAGUCACCCCAACUGGCAAGAAACGUAGGCUAAAUGAUAUUGUGGCAGAAGAUGACAGUGGAGCACCCAGCCUGCAUGGUGUUUUGUCAGAAGUCGGUGAUGGGACGCUAUUGGUGACUGGCCUGAAUGAGCUCAAGUCCCUAAAGUCUCAUUUUAUUCCUUGA